AUGAGAUCAUUACUUCCAUUCCUCUCCUUCUUUACGUCGCUAGCGGCUGCCAUUUGGCCCGCGCCUGUAUCGUAUGAGCAUGGCGACACGGUGUUAUGGAUUAGCGGAAAUGUCGAGUUCUUUGUACAUGAGGGGGGCGCAUCGAAUGUAGGCUCAAUUGCAGAUCAGGCUCCCUUGAUAUUCGCUUCAAACUCUAAUAUCGGGCCCGAACCCCAGGAUACACUCAAGCUGCGCAAGCACAAGCGCGACCUCCCAUCCUUCAGCAAUGCUGGCGUUGAUGACGAUACAGGGCAAGUGACGGGCCACGACAUCAUCGACUACGCCAUUGAUUCCGCCUACAAGACGAUUCUCAGGCGCAACUUUUACCCUUGGAAAUUCCACCCGCGAAACUGGACGGAGCCAAGUCGCAGCAGUGAUUCAGUCCACGUAUCUCGCGUGGACAUUACACUGCUAACCAGUGACCCCGUCAACAUUGGCAAACCCCUCGCCGGCGAUGUCGAUGAAUCUUACUCCCUGGCCCUCUCCACCUCGGGCCAUGCCUCCAUAUCUGCAAACUCCAGUAUAGGCAUUGCCCGUGGUCUAACCACCUUCACCCAGCUCUUCUAUCUCCACUCCUCACUUUCCUCCACCUACACGCCCUUUGUCCCCGUCAAAAUCUACGACGCCCCGAAAUUCUCGCACCGCGGCGUCAACCUCGAUGUCAGCCGAAACUUUUUCCCCGUCCAGGAUAUCCUCCGGCAAAUUUCCACCUGCGCUUACAACAAGAUGAAUCGUUUCCACCUCCAUGUCACGGACGCGCAGUCCUGGCCGCUGGAAAUCCCCAGUAUGCCAGAUCUAUCGGCAAAGGGUGCAUAUCGUCCCGAUCUCGUGUACACUGCCGCCGACUUUGCCACCAUCCAACGUCACGGCGCCCUCCAGGGCGUGCAAGUGAUUACUGAAAUCGACAUGCCAGGGCACACCUCUGUCAUCCAUUACUCGUACCCCGACCUCAUCGCCGCCUGGAACAUGCAACCAAAUUGGGACACGUACGCCGCUGAGCCGCCAUCCGGGACCCUCAAGCUGAACUCGCCAGCCGUGGAUGCAUUCCUGGAGAAGCUGCUCGACGACGUCCUACCCCGCGUCUACCCAUACUCCUCCUACUUCCACACGGGCGGCGACGAAGUCAACAAAAUGGCCUACACGCUCGACGAGACGGUCAACAGCAGCGACACGGCCACUCUGCAACCCCUGAUGCAGAAAUUCGUCACGCGCAACCACGACCAGGUGCGGAAACGGGGACUCACGCCCGUGGUGUGGGAGGAAAUGCUGCUGGAUUGGAAUCUGACGAUGGGUUCCGAUGUCAUUGUGCAGAGUUGGCAGAGCGAUGAGGCGGUUGCGCAGAUUGUGGCAAGGGGCCACAAGGCUUUGGUAGGAAACUAUAAAUAUUGGUACCUCGACUGCGGCAAAGGCCAAUGGCUCAACUUCGCCCCCUCGGCCGCCGCCGACGCAUGGCCCUACGAAGACUACUGCGGCCCCUUCCACAACUGGCGUCUAAUCUACUCCUACGACCCCUUAUCCGGCAUCCCCCCGGAAAACCAGCACCUCGUCAUCGGCGGCGAAGCACACAUGUGGACCGAACAAACCGACCCCAUAAACCUCGACCGCAUGAUCUGGCCGCGCGCGUCCGCCGCCGCCGAGAUCCUCUGGUCUGGAGCCAAAGACGCGCUCACGGGCGGUAAUCGGAGUCAGAUUGAGGCUGCGCCGCGACUGAGUGAGAUGAGAGAGCGUAUGGUGGCGUUGGGGGUGGGUGCGGAGUCGCUCCAGAUGCCGUUUUGCAGCAUGGAGGGGGGCUGUUCGUUGGGGGGUUGA